AUGAGUAGCCCGCAACACCAACCUCAACAGCUGUCUCCAGAUCAAGUCAAACGCAUUCAAGAAAAUAAAAAUAUGGCUCUUGAGAAGCAAGCUGCAAGGAAGCGAGCUGCUGAGCAACAAGAAGAUCGAAAUCGCUCCAAUGCUGCAUCUUCAAGUUCGAAUGCUCAGCCUGGUGCUGGGUCAAGCUCAACGGCAGACACAUCAAACAUCAACAAUAACUACAAGAAACGAAAGUCGGGGAUGAAUCUCAAGUAUUAUGAGUACAAUCUUUCGACAAUGAAGGAUAGCAAGGGAGGGUUUCUGGUCGACGAAACUCCUGAACAAGAAGAACCUCAACCGAAAGCCCGUGAACCACAACGCAAAGCAAUGUUUGAAGAUGAACCUAUAGAGCUUGAUCCGUCGCUGAUGCCACGAUGUAAUGAAUGUGAUUCGAUGGAUAUCGAGUAUAAUUACAAGAAGCAUUACAACGUGUUGGUCUGCAAGGCAUGCAUUGAGAAGCUGCCAGACAAAUACUCGUUGUUGACCAAGACGGAAUGUGCCAAGGAUUACAUGUUGACCAACAGUGAAUUGCAAGACAGAGAACGACUUCCUACUUGGGAGAAGCCAAAUCCUCAUAAAUCUACUUGGAGUGACAUGCAGCUCUUCCUUCGUCAGCAAGUCGAAGCUUUUGCCCUCACGAAAUAUGGUAGUCUUGACAAGAUGGAUGAAGUAUUUGAGACGCGUGAAAAGAAGAAAGGAGAACGUAAAGAGCAGAAGGAGUUACAAAAGAUGCGAGAGCUUCGACAAAAGACACGUACCAGCACAUGGAAAAAGGUGGAGACUGCUCAUGUCCAUACAUAUGGCGAGGAAGUGUAUGAUCAAGCUACCAAUACCUAUAUUCAAACUUGCGAAGACUGUGGGAUUAGUAUAUCCUUUGAAUCCUUGUAA